AUGGUGGUGUUCGCGGUGCCUGCAGAAGUCGCUGUGAUCCUGCUGGAUAUCGAAGGCACCACCACGCCUAUUACCUAUGUCAAGGACACACUAUUUCCGUACAUCAAAGAUAAUGUUAAAGAGUACCUACGUGCGCACUGGGAAGAGGAGGAGUGCCAGCAGGACAUCAGCCUUUUGAGGAAACAGGCUGAAGAGGAUUCCAACUUGGAUGGCGUUGUGCCUAUUCCUUUAGAAACUGGAAAUGGAGAAGAUGAAGUGGAACAGGUCAUCCAGGCUGUAGUAGACAAUGUGCACUGGCAGAUGUCCCUGGACAGAAAGACCACAGCAUUGAAACAGCUGCAGGGUCACAUGUGGAGGGCAGCCUAUGCAACUGGACGCAUGAAGGGAGAAUUCUUCCAGGACGUGGUUCCAGCCAUUAGGAAGUGGAGGGAAGCAGGAAUGAAAGUGUAUAUCUAUUCUUCAGGGAGCGUGGAGGCCCAGAAGCUUCUGUUUGGAUACUCGACAGAAGGUGAUAUUCUAGAGCUCUUCGAUGGCCACUUCGAUACCAAAAUAGGUCACAAAGUAGAGAGUGAGAGUUACAGGAGGAUUGCAUCAAGCAUCGGGUGUUCAACUAACAACGUUCUCUUCCUGACGGAUGUCACUCGAGAGGCAAAUGCUGCAGAAGAAGCAGACAUGCACGUGGCUGUGGUCGUGAGGCCAGGCAAUGCAGGGCUAACAGACGAUGAGAAGUCGUAUUACAGUCUGAUCACGUCUUUCAAUGAACUGUUCCUGCCUUCCUCCACUUAGGAGAACUUGUGCACCUGCACAAUAGACCAAACUACACCCGCUGGAAUUGUCCUUGUGUAAUCUUUAAUUAUAUUGGUAAUAAGAAUUUUAAAAGAUAUGACAGGAUCCAUGACCGGCUGCAGAAAUUGAUUGAAGUAUUUUGGAGGGGAUUUUUAAUGCAGUGAAAUUGAGGCCUGUCAAAGUCUGUUGGAGUUGUGAGUGGUGCGAGAAGCAGCAUCCAUGAAGCCUGUGUUCAAUUAGCUUUCCUAUCAGGGAAUUUAUUACUACAGGGUGACUGUUCUGCCAGCCAACCACCAGGUAAUCUAGUUGUGAAAAUCCAUGUGACAACAUUUGUCACUUAAAAACAAAAUAUUCUGUGAACAAAGAAUUUCUCACACUCCCACAGACUUGAAUCUUAUAAGGAAAUAUGAACUUCCCCUUUCCAAUAAGAUCUGUAGCUCUCAUCCUGGAAGUUAAAUUCAGCAAAAUUAAUUUCUUAAAAGGUUAGGAUAUGUAUGUUCAGGAUAGCCAAAGAUAAAUGUCAAAUGUGGACCAUGAAGUUUGGAUGCUGCAGCUUAGAUCUGCCACAGAGGAGGCCAAGUUAAAUGUAAACUUACUUGUGAUAUUGGGCUACGUGCUCCAGGACCUGCUGCAUGCUAAAGCCAGAUUUCCAUUUAUUUCAGAAAUGUAGCACUCUUAGCAAUAAUCCCUGAAAUUUUCCUUAAGCAGCCAAGAAAAGGUUUCACCAACUUGUAACUCAGCUCAGCUAUUAACUAGACAUUAUAAAAGACAGUUCAUGGCUUUGGCACUACCUGCUGCAGUUGAUAUCAAUGAAUGAUUACAAAAAUACAAACCAUGUAACAGCACCACUUAACCUAUGCCACUUUAUACUAUGUGGUAAAUAAAAGUACAAUUGUCUUCUGCCUAAAAUU